CUUCACACCGUAGUUGAUCAAUCAGUUCCACGGUUCGGUCGUGAUGUAUCGUUGGCAGAUAUUAGCGCUACUGCUGUUGUCUAUCGGUGGUGUCAUUAGCAUGACACUGGGCAGCGUGUUUCAAGUGUUUUCUGUACCCUUGGAAACGGUGGACCUCGGUGGUUACUGCGAUCGAUUAGAGAGCCAACUGGAGGCAACAGAUUCUUCGAUCAUUUUGCUACAAAUUGGACGACCGAGUAAGGCAUACGAAGUGGUCCCGGGUGGAAGGAAUGUCACCAAAGCUUCCAGUUGUGAGUUCCUGAACCAUAGUGACGAAACUGUUGCGAAUUCGAAAGCGAAGGAUCUUAUUGUGCAAGAAAUUCAAGACAGUGUUCUCGCCGUCAAAAGGCACCUCAUCGUGGAGUACAUAACCCUUCUCACGGCGGACGGUGAAUAUCUGUUGACCCUUGAACGUACCGGUGACUUCGAAGAACCGAUUGGUCUCGAACCGAAGUUUGGUGGGCUUAGUGCGAAGGAGAAGCUUCUGCUUUCGCUCGUCGGUGGUGGUAGUGGGGGGCGUAUUAAGAGUUAUGGACCAAAAAAAUCUUAGCCUCCUUCACGUGCGCAUCAAAGAUGGCUGGCAUCGGAUUCUCCACGUCCAACGCACCACUACCUUCCCGCUCCGAUGACGUUAUCGGUGUAUCCGGAACCCAGGUCUAAUCUUCAUCUAAUCCCGUCCGACCAAAACCGACCAAAUAUCCUACCGAAAGACAAACAAAUCCAAUUAUAAUUUAUUACAAGAAGCGAUAACAUAUAGCCAUACACUUCCACCGAUGGGUAUGGGGCGGCCAAGAGGAAGGCUUAAAUCGUCACAUCGGGUUAAGCCGGGAUCCACUCAAUCUAUGCCCACCUUUUCCCCACCCAGCACAAAGUCGGUUAACUUCGAAUAAAUAUUAGCCCAUGCUGAACCGA